CCCCUUUCUUCCCCAAAUCCCACUCCAAUCACCACCACCUCUUCUCCAAUUCCACUCGCUUUUCUCUCUCUCUCGUGCGUCGAGCCACCGGAAUCGUCGUCGUCGGCGGCCAUGUCGGGGCGCGGCAAGGGAGGCAAGGGGCUCGGCAAGGGCGGCGCCAAGCGUCACCGGAAGGUGCUCCGCGACAACAUCCAGGGGAUCACCAAGCCGGCGAUCCGGAGGCUGGCAAGGAGGGGCGGCGUGAAGCGCAUCUCCGGGCUGAUCUACGAGGAGACCCGCGGCGUGCUCAAGAUCUUCCUCGAGAACGUCAUCCGCGACGCCGUCACCUACACCGAGCACGCCCGCCGCAAGACCGUCACCGCCAUGGACGUCGUCUACGCGCUCAAGCGCCAGGGCCGCACCCUCUACGGCUUCGGCGGCUGAUCGAUCUUGCCUCCCUCCGCCAUCUCUCCCAUGUCGUCUGGCCGUGCCCACAAGUCUUGCGGUCAAGAAAAAAAGUUUGAUGGAAAGCCGUGGAAUCCACCUUGUUCAGUUCGCUGUUUAGUUUUUCUAGUGUUUACCUGAAUCAUGAAAUUGUGAAGCAAAUGAUGUUUGCAACUGGGAUUUGAAUUGAAACAUGUUUCAGAGCCAAUGUUGUGGAUCUGUCCUCUUGUUGAUGUGCAAUUUGUGUUUGUCCGUUUUGGGAUGAAA